UUCCAGGGCAGCUAACUUAACGCCGAUCUCGGAAAAUUUCCUAAAUUUGCUCGGCCGGUCCUACAAAUUUCUCAUAUUUACUGCUUUCAACCAUAAAAUCUCAGUGUUUUUAUUAUAGAUUUAUGUUAAAGAAUCGUUUAAGUAUAGGUAAAAAGAAAUAAUUGCAAGACGCAGCCUUGAUUUUGGCUAAAAAGGCAAAAAAUUGGAUUGCUAAUAAACUGUAAAGAUUAUACGCGACGUCUGGAGUAGUGUCCAUUGCAUAUAUUUGUGUGCGGCGUGAAGAAACGGAAAAGGUGUUCGAUAAAACGACAUACGGGGAAAUCAAGAAAAAAGCAGAGAAAGCGAGUAGGCGAAUAUUAUUACGAGUAUUGAAAACUAUAGAUUGGAUAAACGGAAAAUCGUUAUUGCAGUUAGCUUUUGAUAAAUUGUGCAAAACAGAGUGGAAAUCAAAAAAUUGUCAACAAGAAUUUUCUAUUAUAAGACAAUUUUACAUAUGCACAAAUAUGCAAUCUGCUUGUGGAACUGGUAAAAUCAUCACAUGAUUGGUGAUGGUCCAAAAUUAUCCCGAACAUAUAGAAUAGUGCAAUUUACACGCCUAUGUGAAAAACAUUAAACGUAGUAAAUGUGUGUGCGUGGACAAAUAAUCGAACCCGAAGCCGUAGCGAAAAAAUCGAUUUGGUACAAAUAAAAAACUAUGAAAGUAGUAAUUGUAUGCAAAUUCUAAUAACGAUUGAAAAAUUAUAGUAACACUUCUAUCAGAGGAUCAACAUCAUCAUAAGGAGAUGCAGCUAUAACGUGAAAGUUUGGUUGAUUCUUUUAACAGACACAUAGUCGUUAGACCUGCUCCAAAUCUACGGUCAAUUGCCGACCCAAUGCGAUAAUAACGAAAGUAGAGCCGCCAGCUGUAACUGGACAUCUGACGACUACAGUAACAGUAGCAAAUGCAUUUCCAAAAGGCUAUGUGUUCAAAAAAUGCCCAGAAAUGCUGCAAAAAAAUUAAUUAACGACGAGGUGUGUCUUCCAAUACAAACAGCUAAAAUCGUAACAGAAACAAUAAUUCUUAUAAGCCCUGAGUCCGAUAUACAGCAAAAUAAUACACCAACAGAAUACACUUUAACACAACAACAACAAACACAAGAACAGUCAAACGAACAAAUAGAAUCAGAACAAAAACAAAGACAAGACGAAGUUAAGAACAGACGACAACGUAAAAAACGACGAGGCAGACAGAGAUCCAAGAAACGUAUUACUCGUAAGACCAACGCUGGUCCAGAUAGUGCCAAACCUACAGUCGAAAUAAGUGACGAAGCUGCUAACAAAACACUCACCAAUACCCGAAAGUACGCGUCUAGAAAACGCUAUUCCCCACCAUAUUUUCCCACAUUAUAUCCCAUUGUUAUCGAAACUUGUCCGGAAGCAGAAUUACAAAGUGUUAGCGCAGGCGGUAAAUCGGGUAUCACAGCAGCAGGUGGCACAAGCGCUGUUGUAGCGGGCAACGCUGUUGGUGUACCUCAGGUUCGCCCACCAGUUGGCGCCGGUGGUAGACGUCAACUGCGCAGACGCCGAAGCGUCACCAAUUUUACCAAACGCAAGAAUAAAACUAAAGCUAAAGCGGCGGCAGCAGCAGCAGCUACCACAACAUUCUCUGCGCUCAAAGUUUCCGUUAAGAGCAAGGAAACUGUUGAGCGCCUAGCGAGCUUACGUAAUCGCAAGAAAUUAAAGGAACGCAUUUCGGAGAAGAAGAAACAAAGCGCAUUCGAAAGAAGCAGUGGCGACCUGCGGGUGAAAAGACACGCAGCUUGGUUCCAUUUAGAUGAGGCGUUGCUGAACAAAAUCGAACCGCUAGAAGUAGAGGUGAAAAAAGGUGGUAGCAAGCGCAAACGCGACAGCAGUGUUGCAGCAGCACGCAAGCGCAACAGCAACACACACAAACUCACACCGCCACCGGUGUUACACUUAUCGCCGAGCAGUUUCGAUUUUGCUGCGCUCCAUUGCAUUGGCGUCCCGCCAGCGGCUGAGAUUAUCGUCACACCCAACAUUGUUAUAGCGCCGGCAGCUGAUAGUCCAGCCAGCGUAAACCCACCGGCCGCAACAUCACCCUUUACAGUAUCUGCAGAUUUAACUGGCAGAACAACGCCAACGGCCGUAACUGGUACCGCAUUAACAACACCAGCUCCAGCAGCAAGAACAACUUGCGUAACACCGGUAAGUAGCGGCAGCGUUAGGAAACGCCCACGCGGCAUAAUGUCGCUUUACGAGCGCCGCUACCAGACUGCAGACACGGACACGCGCGCCGCCGCGGGCGUUGUCACCAACGGUUAUCUUAGCUCGACGCGCACUUCUUCCGCGUCAUCCAGCGCCGUACAUUCGGAUACCGAUAAUACACAGGACAUCACACAACAAUACUAUAUGCCAGUGACAUCAGCUUCCACCAGUGGGCUCGCCGGCAGCGCCAACAGCAGCGGCAGCGCUGUAGUUGCCACAACUCAAUUAGGCAAUGGUAACACACUGAAUCACGCGCCUUCCAUGGCGACGCUCUGCAACAUCGGUAAUACUUGCUACCUAAAUUCGGUGGUGUAUACAUUACGUUUCGCACCGCAAUUUCUACACAACCUUCACCAUCUCAUAGUGGACUUGUCAAGCAUACAGCAGUGCAUUGCGCGUCAGCGCGCAGCCAAGUCUUCGUCAUUGGGACGCGGCAUUAGCGCGGUGCAAUUGGAAAAUACGCGCAGUUUCAGCAGCAAAGACUUGGCAGCGCUAGAACAGAACGCGCUCAUGAGUACGAGCGGAUGCGGCGGCGGUAUCGGGCAAAAGAGUAGUCACCAAAUGCUGACUGAGCGCUUGCAUGAGCUCUAUCAGUGCUUGCACCGCAAUGAGGUGGCCGAAUCGACGGAGCCCUUUCACGCCGACACUCUGCUACAUGCUGUGCAGGAUGUGAAUGCGAUCUUUGAGGGCAACCAGCAACAGGACGCGCAUGAGUUUUUGAUGUGUCUGCUGAAUAGUAUACGGGAAACUUGUCAAUUGCUGAUCAAAGCGAUCGGCGAGUAUCCCGAUCUAAUAAUGAAUGGUUACAUACGCAAUCCCGACGAGUUGGAUGGCUAUGCUAGCGAACGCGACACACAAAGCGGCAUCACCGGUAACGCCAAUAGCAGUAAUGCGCUUAGUGCUGGUGGGUCUGCUGCAACCAGCUCUACCAAUUCAACGCUAUCUAGUCUCAGCGCAAGCAACAUAACGAAAGCGUCGUUCUUCUCGCGCAAGUCCAAGCGAAAAGACGAAUCGAAAAGCUCCAAGAACACACGUCUGCAAUCUCCACUCAAGGAUGGGCAAAGCGGCGCGGGCUUGCAGGCAACUGCAAACAGUCUCUUCUACUUGAAUUCAGUGGAUCUUAGCGGCGCCGCGUCAACCAACACCAACGCGCUGGCCGCAGCGAACGCCACAUCGGCGAGCAGUCCCAGCGCUGUGGUGAAAGGUGUUUCGAUCUACACCACUGGCACUGAAUCCAGCAGUGAACUCUCAUCGCCGGUGAGCGCGUUGAAAGAUAAAGAGCGUUUGGCUGAGAAAAUACGCGAAUUGGGUUUGGACUUUUUUAGCGAGGACUUCGAGGGUGUUACCAUCUCUACUACGAAGUGCUUGAGCUGUGAAACGGUGACGGAGCAGAAGGAGAGUAUGAUUGAUAUCGCGGUACCGGUGCCCAUUUCCGGCUACGAUUUAACCGACUACGCAGACAAACCCAGCGCGUUUAUACAGAAUUCUUGUGUGACCCGUGAGUUUUUCCGUGGCGAGAAUAAAUAUCGUUGCGAACAGUGCACCGGCUACACCGAAGCAAUACGCUCCAUUUCGUAUGAAGUGCUGCCGCGUCUACUGGUCAUACAAUUGAGCCGCUUCUCCGGCGGCAUGGAGAAGAUAAACAGUUACAUACCCACAUCCUUCACAUUGCAAUGCUUCUGCGCGAAAUGCUGCAAACUCAGCGACGCCAAUAAGCUGCACAUCUACAAAUUGUACAGUGUGAUAACGCACGUGGGCGCCACCAUGUCUGUAGGGCAUUACAUCGCCUACACUUGCUCACUCGACUGGGCCAAUGAGUAUGUGAAUUGCCCGAAAGAUCGACGCAACGUCAAUACUAAUAAUAGCUCACAGCAAAUGGGCACGCAGGCGAACGGUUUAACGAACAAUAGUCUCUACCCGCUGGCUGGCGCGGGCGGUUCGGCGGCAUCAGGCGGCGGCUCGACGCCUAACGAACGCAGCAGUCCCGGCAUACAAGCCGCCUCGGCAGCGAGCGCAGCCGCUUCGGUGCUCGCCUCGUCGGGCUCCAGUCUGAUGAAGAAGAUGAAGUUCGGCCGCAGUAAAGCGUCGAGCAGCGGUGAUAUGAGUAAGAAUAUGAAAAAUUUGAAUGGCAUCACCAGUAAAACGAUUACGAAUGGCAUUGGCAAGCUCAGUAUGAAUACAACAUGUCAUAGUUUGACGUGUUGCGCGACGCGCAUUUGCAGCGUGCAACAGCAACAGCAAUUGCAACAACAGCAGCAACAGCUGAGCGCCAGCAACAAUGAGUUGAGCGAAGAAACGCUGCAGAAUGGCUCGAAUCACGCGUCUUCCACCAUGAGCAUCAGUGGUAGCAGCAACACCGGCGCCGGCGGCAAUGGCAGCGGCAGCGCCACUGGUAGCGCCGGCAGCAGCACAACCAGCGGCUAUAAUAGCUACCCAGUCGGUUAUGGCAGCACUGGACGCGGCGGCACCAAAGCCAGCACUCUUGGCGGUUAUGCAUCCAGUUGUGGCAGCCUGUCGGGGGCGGGUAGCAGCAAUGGCGAACCCAUCUGGUACAUGUGCGACGAUGAUAAAAUCAAAGCGAUGACACAACGUGAAUUCGAGGAACUACUGUCUCCAGCGCGCAAAAUCACAGUGACGCCGUACCUUCUCUUCUAUGCGCGCUUCGAUUUGCAGACAUCGACGCCGUCUAGCGCUAAAUCCAACUUGAAUGCGCCGCAGCAGUCCGCAUGGUCCAGUGAGAGUUUGACGCAGCAUCCAGGCGCCACAGCCGCAGCACUGCAUAAAAUGUGAGUAACGCUUAGCGAGUCGGCCCAACAGCAAAUGCAGCUACAGCAGCUGGACCAGCUAAUGGAUGCGGUGGCAUUGACGGCGCAUAUGCGCAAAUCCAGACAGCAUAGUUGUGCUCGUCGGCGCUGCAACUGUGAACAGGUAAUUUAAUUGGCGGUUGCGAUGGCGCGGGAGAAUGACAAACGCGCAGCGGCAAAACGUUAUGAAGUGAAGCGUAGGAGGCGUCGCGUGCCAGCAAGCAGCGACCGCAUUGCGGACACACGUUGUUGUGCUGGUUGUGAACGAAAAGGUUGCGCAAUGGCCGCGUCAUCGUUGGCGAGUACACAUCAGCGUUUAUUCUUCACGCCUGCAUCUUUUCCCAUUGUGAUUGUGCUAAUUUUAAUUGUAAUUAUUAUAGCAAUUAUGCUUAUUUGUAUACCGUAUUAUUAUUAUCAGCGUUAUUUUAGUAAAAACACAUACUAACACACACACACACACUCACAUACAUUACAGUAAGCAUUCAGUUUGUUAUAAUUGAUGCGCAAAUUAUGCUAUUAAAUAACAUUUUCGCAUUUCACAUUUUCACUAAGCAAUUAAAUAUUAUUAUUGUACGUGGUAUACUAAUGAUAAGUGAUAUAUUUUUGUUAUAACCGUAGUUUUUAAUUACAUACUCUUCUGCUCUAGGUAAAUAGCUAAGCGAUUUUGGAUUUAAUUUCAUAUUUUCAGCCAGACAAGCAAGCAAAUCUGUUUGCAACGUUUACUUUUACAUUUAAGUUGCGCUAACCUGAGCGAGUAAGCAGCGUCUAGCCGUCGCUCAGCAUAGCUACUCAUUAUAAUGUAUUUACAUAUUUUCCGUUUUAAUUUUUCACUUAAAAACUCAUUGGUAAAUAACAUAUAUAUAAAUAACCCGUUCAACGCAUUAAUUCGGUUUGCUUAUGUUGGAAAAUCGGCUAUCCCAUCAACAGCUGGACUAGUAAAUGUUAUUAAAAUUGCAUGCAUUUAGGCGCUGGGCAUCUUCUUGACAAAUUUCAGUUGUUCAUUUGUGUUCUUUUGAUAUUAUUGUUAUUGUUGUGACAACAAGAAACAUUGCCCAGAUAGAUUUGGGGCGGGCUGCUGAGCUGCCGGCCAUGGCCGUGUAAAACACCGAGUCCUUGUGGUUCUGUAGACCCGACUGACUAAUUAUUAUUUUUUUUCUGCAAUUAGGCUCACCGCACAUUUAGUUUAUUUUUUUUUUCAUCGCGCGCUCACAUCAGUAUUUCAGAAUGCAUACGAUUUUUUAAACCUACUUUUAUUGCAGCUCUAGUCUUACAGCGCUUACUAAGUGCGUUGAAGAAUUGGAAAUUUUACUAGCUUUUCAUUCUUUGCAAACAAAAAGCGACAAAGUGUUAAAAUUACACAAAAUCGCGUAAUUAAAUUAUAUAAAGUGUUUCCAUAUGAAAAUAAAAACUUUAUUUUAUUACAAAAAAAAAAAAAAAAUUUGUUAAAAUAAAUGAAACAAGAAAACAAAAACAAAUUGACUGAUUCCUCCCAUUUAUACAUAUUCUUAUACGAACCUAAAGGCAAUGCAAGAAAUUAAAAUUAAAAAAACUAAUCAAUAUAAACCCGAUUGGCGCAUUAAAAAUUAAGUUUCUAUGUUUACAAAAGCAAAAAAAAAAAAAAAAAAAUACUACUUAAAAAGCCUUAGGCUUGUUUGUAUUCUACAAUUAAGCGAUAAGUUAUGUUAUAGAGAGCUGUUAAGAAAUAAGUGAGACAAAAAUAACAACAAAAAUAUUACAAAAAAAUGUUAAUUAUUAAGCAAAUUACAAGAAUAAAGAAACAGCAUUAUUAACUAACGAGAA